UGCUUCUAACUUUUGCAUUUUAGCACACAGCUGCUGUGCGUUCAAAUGUUUUUCGCUCAAUCAGAUUAGCCAAGUGCUGUCUUGACAUUAAUGGACAGCAUGACUGUAGGUUUGUACUGAGAUUAUGAUUUUGUUUUUGUUGACUGAGCAGUUGAAAAGUUUUGUUUUCUGUAUAUGUGCUGUUUGUUUUUAGGGGUAGGCUGCUUCCAGUACCAUUAACAGAAAUGUUAGACAGAGGGGUCUUUGAAAAAUAAGUUAUUGAAGAGUUGAAUCAGAAUUAAACAAUGCUUGUGCUUAGUGCAAGUGAAAGCAUGCAUAUAGAACGCUAAACUUAAAAAAGAAGGAGUAACCCCACCCAUAGGAUUCCCUCUAACUGGCUGCCUUUUGUUAGUGCAUUUUACUUUCGAUAUCUUACUCUUAGAAGCAGUAGAGUUAUCUCCCAUAGUUUCCAAAUACAUUUAUAAGAGCUCAGAGCAUACAUCACAGCAUUAGCAUUUUCCAUGGGAAUAACACAAUGGACUGGAUGAUUAUUACUACACUAUUCUUGUCAGUGCUAAAUAUUGCACUUUGUUUCAAUGUCGAUCCUGUGGCUUGGAAGUACUGGAGUACCACAGCUGCAGGUUUUGGCUACCAAGUGGUGCAAAGACAGUCAGAUUUGCUUGUCAGUGCUCCCCUGGAACAGUAUUCACAGGAUGGAAGGGGGCAAAUAUAUAAGUGUUCCCUUGGAACCUGCCAAAAUCUACAAGUUCAAGUGCCAAAUUUUGCAGUCAAUAUGUCCCUUGGUUUGACAAUGAUAGUUGACCCCACCACACAAAACACUAUGGUCUGUGGCCCAACCAUCCCUAAGGAUUGCAGAAGUAUCACCAUGUACAACGGUGUGUGCUUUCAGAUAGACCGGUCUGAUCGUCUUGGACCUCCAGUGCCUUCUUCACUUCAAGAGUGUCGAACUGAAGCAGACAUUGCAUUUCUGUUGGACGGUUCAGGCAGCGUAUCCAGUCAAGACUUUCAAACAAUGAAGACUUUUGUGAAAAAUCUGGUCCGCUCGUUCGUGGGAAAAGGCACACAGUUUGCUGUCGCUCAGUAUUCUAAUUCAACUCAUAUCCACUAUUACUUUGAUGACUUUUUCACAUCCGGAAACUGGGAGUCUAACAUUGAUUACAUAAAUCAAAUGAGGGGGGGAACUUACACAGCUAAGGCCAUCAAAUCCGUGGUCAACAAUGUUUUCACAUCAGAAAGAGGUUCCAGAUCAAAUGUGAAGAGGAUCCUGAUAGUCAUUACUGAUGGAGAAUCUAAUGACCCUCAAGAAUUACCAAAUGCAGCGAACUUAGCUGAGAGUAAAAAGAUUGUUCGAUUUACUAUUGGGGUGGGGGCUGCAUUCAGCAAACCCAAAGCAAAAAAGGAACUGGAUACCAUUGCAUCUUAUCCCUCGACAAAUCAUGUGUUUCAAGUACAGAACUUUAACGCACUUGACGCAAUAAGACAGAAUCUGCAGGACAAAAUCUUUUCUAUUGAAGGGUCUCAGUCCAGUGGAGAGUCACUGAAAAUGGAAAUGGCUCAGGAAGGAUUCAGUGCUGCUUAUAUACCAGGGGGAGUUCAGACGGCUAUUGUUGGUGCCAACCAGUGGAAAGGAGGAUACCUGAAAUACACAAGUCGAGGCCAGAAGCAGAGCUCAUAUGAGCCUACGUCUAUGGAGCCUGACAGUUAUCUGGGUUACUCCAUGGCAGUGGGUAAAACCAAAGAAGGCACAUUGACAAUUGUUGGUGCUCCAAGAUAUCAACACAGAGGAAUUGUGAUGGGAGUUCAAGAAAACGAGAGAAGCCAGACAAUUGAUCCACAUCCAUGGCAGUCUCAGACUGGUGAAUAUUUUGGGGCAGAGGUUUGUGCCAUGGAUGUGGAUCGUGACAGCUACACUGACCUAAUCCUCAUAUCUGCCCCCAUGUACACAGACACUGACAGAGAGGGAAGAGUUUACGUUUGCAGUUUAGUUCGUUUGAAUGUCGAGUGUCACUUUGAGUCUCCGAUAGUUCUGAGAGGGGGUGUAUCUGACAGAGGAAGGUUUGGCUCUUCUCUUGCUGUGCUGCCUGAUCUUAAUGCAGAUGGACUCAGUGAUUUGGCAGUUGGAGCACCUUUGGAGAAUGACGGUCAGGGCAGCAUCUACAUAUUCCUCGGUGAAGGAGGAAGAACAGUCCGUUCUACGUACUCACAGAGGAUUCCUGCAUCUGAAGUAAAGUCAGGACUGAAGUUUUUUGGUAUAUCGAUCAGUCAGUCAUCUUUUGACCAGAGUGUGGACAGCCUGCCUGAUCUGGUGGUGGGUUCAAAGGGCACAGUUGUCUUACUGAGAUCAAAGCCUAUAGUAAUGGUAGAAGUAACAGUGUCAUACAGCCCAAAAGAAAUCCCUUCUCAAAACAAUGACUGCACAAACGCACUGGAGAACACAGCUGAAAUCUGCUUUACCAUGUCCAGAGUCUCCACAGUAAACACAGCUCGAGCAACGAUUCGUUAUGAUUUCACACUGGAUGCCACUCGUAAGGUCCCAAACAACAGAGCUUACAUCACUGACAAACAACGUGAGAAGACAGAAUCAUUGGCUAUUAACUUAGGACAGCGACAAUGUUCCAGGGUGAAAUUCUUUAUUGAUGCUUGUCCAGAAGAUGCUCUCAAUUCACUCAGCAAUGAGCUCAGAUUCACCUUUGAUGGUGUGCUCUCUGAUACAAAUCUCAGACCAAGUCUCGCUCAGGACGCUAAAACAACAGCCAUUUACCCUAUAGGGUUUGAGAUCAACUGCGGCACUGACAACAAAUGUGUAGAUAACCUGAAAGUAGAUUUCAACUUCACCAGUUCCUCAGUGGUUAAAGUGGGCAUUGAUGAACUGUUGGAUGUCACCGUAUCAGUGGAGAACAGAGAGGAAAACUCCUACAACAGCCGUGUUAUUCUCACAUACCCAGCUGAGCUGUCCUACAGGAAGUUCACAAGUCUGCAGGGAAGAAUUGAAUGCAACUCUGUGGACAGUGAAGAUGGCUUAUCACGAGGAAAGACAGAGUGCACAAUUGACAAGCCUAUUUUCAAGAGCAGAGCUAAGGCUUUCUUCACUGUCUCCUAUGGGAUUGAAACCAACAGUCAACUUGAGAGGAGGAUUUUUGUCACGGCUAACGCUACCAGUGGGAAUCAGUAUCAAUCCCCUUCAAGUGAACUUUACAAAAAGGAAUGGAUUGAUGUGAAGUACAGCAUAUUUGUUUCAUUUGAAAGUACCCUCAGCUACACCAAUUUCACUUUUGGAAAGAAUAAUUUGCAGAAACCAAUCCAACAAACAAUUGUGGUUACAAAUGACAUCAGAGCGUUGAAUUUCACUGUAGUGAUCAAGGUGCCAGUAAAGCUUGGUGAUAAAGACAUCUGGGUGGAUUCGAACAGUUUGCAGAUUCCAGACUGCCAAAGAGACAGAGAUGACGAACCUAAUGUCACAGAUUUUGUUGCUCAGAUACAGAAAAAUAAAGUAGUGGACUGCUCUGUAGCCAAGUGCAGAGUGUUCAAGUGCACAAGGUUCAUGGGAAGAUCGGAAAGAAAAAACUACAUAAUCUCUGCCAACCUUAGCUCAGGAUGGAUAGAGCAGAUUGGAUUUAAGUCCGCCAAGUUCCUUUUGACCAGCACAGCCAGUCUGGAGUACGACAGUAACCAGUUCAUCUUCUUUUCAACAGGGUCUAAUAACAACCCUCCCAUUCGCAAGAUUGAGGCAGAGAUAGAGGUGUAUUCAGAAGCAGACUUCACCAAAGGGAAUGUUGGAGGAACGCUAGGAGGAACGCUGGGAGGAACACUGGGAAGGACGCUGGGAGGGAUCUUGGGAGGAAUGCUGAUAGGGUUGGCUCUACUGGCUGCACUCACUGCUGGCUUGUAUAAGGCUGGAUUUUUCAAGAGUAAAUACAAGGAGAUGAUUAAGAAAGAUGCAGGAGAAAGACCAGUUUCAGGGUCUGAUGCAGCCACGCCAGAACAACAUGAAUUAGUUGAGUUUACAUCUCACUGAUACACUGGUUACUGGUACAUUCAUAACAUUUACCCGCUGACUGCAACUGCACCACAAAACAACCAAACUCUACCAACAGAUACAGUGGCUCUGUUAUCACUGGUUGGUGAAUCUGCACCAUUACCACAGCUUCUGAUUCACUGAAGUGAAAUCACUCACUCGCUAUUUUCUUUAAUGGAGGUUCCAAACCUGGGGAUCAGGACUAAAACAUGAAGGUGUCACAAAAUGAACACACCCUGUGACACAGGAUCAAGGGUUGACAAAAAUUAUCUCAAAUAAAAUGGUGGAGAGUAAAUGUAGAGCACCAUAUAUUACAUGGGGAGUGAUUUCAAACACAGCUAUAGUAAUCCAAAUGAAUGCUGUAAUGUGGCAGGAACUUCACAGGGGCUUAUUGUUGGUCUUCAGUCAAAUAUUAUUGCUUUUAUAUUUCAGUUUCAGUUAUUACUGUUUUUAUAUUCAAACUAUGCAUGUUUCAAAAUACUGUAGUCUGUAGUUUCUCUCCUCUCCAUGAUACUUAUUCUGUUUGGACUUUGGUUGAUUUAUUUCUGGUUUUCAUAUAUGUAUACACCACACACAUUACUGAUGAGCUGACUGCAUACUUAAUGUAGCUGUCUUUAAUAAAUGUAUUUUACAUGUA